AUGGAUGAGGACGUGGUACGAUGGUUCGCCGAGCAAGUCGCGGGCCCAGGCGAGGAGGACGAUGCGGAAUAUUCCACCGGCCACUGGCCGCUCUGGUACGUGCCGGAGAACUGCACUGGCGCCUUCCGAGCUGGGAGCCCCGCCCGGAGACAGGAGCUCUACCAGCACAUCGUGAACAUGUGCCGCCUGGGCGACCCCUGCACGAUGAUGGUUCUCGCGAGACAGGCAGUUCCCUUGUACUCGCUCUUCUUUGACCUGGACAUCUUCGGUGGGGAGAAUGACUGUUAUGGAGAUGAGAGUGUUCACGAUGCUAUCUGGGAAUUUGGGGACAUGCUGCUCCUGCGCGGCAUGGCGCACGCCUUGUUGAAGAUCUACCCGCAGUUGUCUGGUGGGUUGGAGGUUGCUGCGUUCCACUCGUCAGGGAUGAGCCGCGAGAAGCAGCGCUUCAAGGCAUCCUACCACGUCACCUUCCCGGACAUCAUCGUGGAUCGGCUGGUGAUGUGCAAGGAGAAGCAGCUGCCUGGUGAGCCCGGGGCAAACCCGUCUGCGCAUAUGAUCUGCCGAGAUCAGGUCCUCUGUUACUUCGCCAAGCGGCAGGACGACACCUUCGGUCUCCGUGAUGACAGGAUAGCUGAGCUCAAGAAGAGGCUCGACGACCUCUGCGACCACGAGGCGGUCGGUGAGGGAGAUGAGGCGAGUGGGAGGAACGACUGGCAGGAGGUCUUUGACGAGAAUGCGCUGUGGCACGACCCGCGGCCCGGUCGACGGACCGGAUUCCGGCUGCCCUUCACCGACAAGGUGGUGGACGAGGUGAGCAACCCCAUCUUCGAGGGGCGUCCAAAGCUUCCCUUGGGGCGGUGGAUCGUGCGAGGUUCCGGGGAGGAGGCGCUGGAGGAUUUGGUGGUGGAGCCUCUCCCGCAGCUCACUGACACCGAGUGGGUGCAGCUGGGUGACAUCUCCUAUUGCAAAGCAGCUGAGCCGACCCACUUGCGGAAGGACUUGGUCGACGAGCAGGUGGACCUCUCCUGGGAUGGCGACUGCCCAUGCCUGGUGUGCAACGGCCUGCGGUGA